AGUUUGUAACCAACUGACAAGGAUUACCGUCAAAAUGGACACACCUCUGAUUUCCCAGUCGUGCCAUGUUCGUAAACCAAGCAGGCCAAAGAAGGGGCCCAUUUCGAAAUAUUCCCAAAUUUGGCAAAACUUGGAACAAAAGUUGACGGCAUAUCAUGUUGAAAAGCACGAGCAGUUGAUUAGAUCUGUUUUGCAAUUCUUUUCAAGCGGAUGUGACCAGAAGCAGGAGAACAUACCAACUGCCAUGAUUCGACUUGGCUCCAGCGUUUCCGACCAUUCCGGUGUCUUUGGUGAGCUCUCGAAUCAGCUACACAAAGUCACGCCUUUGAUUUGUCGUCUGUCGCCUGUCGAUUGCACUUCGCUUUCUGGAAUCCUUCAAAAAAUGUUUAAUGAAUUCAUAGCUGUGCUUAACCUCGACGAUGAGCCGAAAAUCAAAAGGGCGUUAAUCAGCUUUGAGAACUUGGUCCAAAUAUAUAAGCUCGUUGCUUGUGAGCAACCAGGGAUGACAUGUGGAAGUCCCAGGAAAAGGAAAACUUCGAAAUUUCGUCUGGGCGCAAAAAAGUUUAUUAUAAUUAUUGAAGACGUAACUUCGGUAAAAACUACAAUCCUUGAGGACCUUUCCCAGAUUCUGAAAACUCACCUCGAAGAGAUGGAUACCUGUCUUGUAUUCGGCAUUUCGUCGACGGCGCAGCAUAUUCACAAGAUACUAAGUUUACGAUGUGCUUCAAACCUUUUUAUCCGGUCGUUUUCUUCACCUCCCGUUGAAGAAACGCUCAAUGGGAUCUUUGAUCUACUCGUCCUCAAUAGAGAUUUUCCUUUUAAACUGGAGCCAGAGCUAUUCAACUGGAUGACCGACUUUGUUCUCUACCAUGAUUUUUCCCUGAAGACAAUGCUGCAUAUCCUCCGGGUAGCUCUGACAAUUCACCUGGAGAAAGUGGACCCUAAGACGAUAUACUCUAUGUGCAACCCGGGAACUGAUCAUGAAAUAGAUAAAGCUAUGUUGCUGAACAGCGACAACGACUCUCUGCGUGAGAAUCUUGCUAAUGUCCUGGUGAGUCUGGCGGGUCUACGACCAGGGAUCUUCAAGAACUGUUUCUUAAGCUUACAGAAGAAGUUCUUUGUUGACUCAGCUAUUUUUCGUAAAACUGAACAAGUUAUUCGGCUUCUAUCCGCUAACGAGCUUCGGCAGAGGCUUCAGGAGCAUGUGGCACCGCGUAAGAGUGGAGAAAUUGCCGACAAGCUUAGAGGGUUUUGCGAUUGCCUCGGACAAGAUGGUCUCGACGAGAAUUUGUCAGAGGCAGCGGAAAACGACUCAAAACAGUUCACUUCGAGGUCCGAAUGGAAACAAGCGAUGUUGGAAAGCGCAAGGAAAAAACGCACGACAAAACUUGACCUAAUACGCGAAGAUAUCAUCAGCUUCCUAAAAGACCAAGCGAAAAAUGUGCUGACGCUUGCAGAUUUGCCUCACGCUGAACAUAUUUAUAUCGGGAAUGUAUCAGAACUUCGUGCAAUGUUUGCCCCAACGCUACGUACCACCUUGAAUCGAGCUCUGGCAACCCCGUCUAGUGUUCUAUCAUGUCAUUGUUGUAGAGUAAAAUCAGCUGAAGCAUCAGCCUGUUUACCACCUAUUAGCAUCGUAUACAAGCUCCAUCUUGAGUGUGGGAAAAUGAUAAACGUUUACGACAUGCUGCUGAGUUACCAGUCUGUCAGGGAGGAUGAUUCGGAAGUGUCAAUCGCGGAGUUUCUUCGUGCUCUCCGCGAACUCCAAGUCUUAGGUUAUGUGAAGCCGACAACACGAAAAAUGGACCACCUUCAACGGUUGACAUGGGGCUCCUGUUGAUGCUGACGACC